UUCAGAAGACAGCAUCCCACCUCUGAGCAUGUCUUGUCGUCGUCGUAACUGGGUCUUCGGCGGCUGCUCAUCGGGACCAGCGAGUACGUGCGUCUUCGGCCAUGGCACCGGGGGCACACGUCUGUCUCUUCCCGCCUCCCGCCUUGCCAAAUGUGGGAAGGACGGGUGCUACCUCCAGCAUAUCGCGGCGGUUGGCCGGCCUUUGUGCGCGCCUGUUGUUUCUUGUGGCUUUUGUAUAUAGCCCAUCUUGUUUCCCCAACGAUGGCGUUCGUGAUCUGCUCUACACCACAUCCCCUUGCAUGAAACAUCUGGUCUAGUUCAGACCUUGUUUUCCUUUUCAGUAUUCCAUAUCUUUCUUUGGUCUCUCUGCUUGGGUUUCUCUUUUGGGUUUCCUUUCUUUCUUUGUGAUACCCAUCGAUGACCAGACUCGGCUUAUUCAAUAGUCGAUCUACCUUACCAUACAACUCUACCAACCGAGCUCACCUUCUACUCCCACCACCAGCACACAAACCACCAUGCGCUGCCCACUCCUCCUAGUCCCUGCGCUCAGCGCUUCUACCUGGGCAGCUCCCGCUUUCCCCAAAUUCACCGCCGCUCUUGCUCCCAAUGUCCAGGCCAUCUCAGAUUACUUCAACAUCCUGGCGACCAAGGUCCAAGAAAACCGGGCAGCAGGGCCGGCACCUAUCUGCGACCUUUCAAAGCUUUCUCUUCCAAUCGAGGCUGAACCCCUUGGUCAACCAACACCUGGUCUCUACCUCAAGCAUGUCGCGAUUGGCCGCGGAACACAAAACUACACAUGCGAUCUCAGCAACUCCACUGCCGUGCCACAAGCAUUCGGCGCCCUUGCCACCCUUUACAACGCCUCAUGUGUCACAUCAGCCUUUCCUGACGUGAGCGCCAUGCUUACCCGCGCGUCACUGCACUUUGAUAUUGCCGACAAUGACGCUCUUCAAAGACUCGCCCCCGCGGAUCUCCCCGUAAGCGGCAUCCACUACUUUACCGACGGCACCACCCCUUUCUUCGGCCUUGAUACCCCCCAAUGGCACCUGGGCGAGGGCACCUUCGGCAAGAACGCCAGCACUGCCGCGCCGCUGACUGCCGCCAAGGGCAAGAAGGGAGAGGCUGCUGUUCCAUGGCUCAGACUGGCAGCCAAGGGUACCAACACUGGUGGUCUUCAAGAGGUCUAUCGUCUUGAGACUGUCGGUGGCAGCGCUCCUGCAACUUGCAAGGGGAUGCCAGCGUCGUUUGAGAUUCAAUAUUCCACACAAUACUGGUUCUACGCCUCUUCAUAAACAGAAGCCAACCAGAGGGAAUGAUAUGAUGAAGAUUGUACUUAUAUCGGAGGACCUUUUGUUCCAUUGCACAUACCUUUUCUUUUUGUUUUUUUUCUUCUUCAUUUUUGGGCGUUCACGGCGCCCGGUUAGCCAAUAUUUUUGGGCCUUUAGGGAUCUUCAAGGCAUAUUAUCGCUCGUUCUGGCCUUACAUAAAGGGGAAAGGGAAGGGAGUUGCUUGCCAGGAGCAAACUAAAUUACAGAAGUUUGGUUGGAGGAUAUAACAGCUACUUAUUUGCUUGACAAGGGCAGUAAGGAGACAGGAAUACUAGUAAAUAGUUUAAUACCCCCACUGGCUGAAAGCCGUUCACAUCAUCGGCUAUGCUUCUUUGUCGCUGACUGUGACAUUCAUGCUGUGUGGUUCUGAGAAUGA